AUGGGAUAUGCUCCUACUCAAAAAGGUUACAAAGUAUAUGAUAUUGAAGCUUAUAGGUUCUUAGUCAGUCGAGAUGUCAUCUUCAAAGAAAACAUUUUUCCAUUCAAAUUUCCUAGAAACUACUUCCUUUGCAAACCUGCUAUUAGUCCUAUUUCCUCAGACAUCUCUUAUUAUCCUUCCCAUUCUCCUGCUACACCUGACAAAAUUGUCUCAACUCCUACCUUUGUUGACUCCACUUCCAGUCAACCAUCUUCUCCUACAUUACCUCAACCAUCUGAUUCUCUUUUCUUACUAGAAAACAUAUCAUCUACUUCUCUUCCAGAAGUAGUUCAAUCUCUAGCACCUACUGCUUCACCUUCUGAAGUACAAAUUCCUCCUAGGAGAUCUAGUAGGACCACUAAGCCCUCUAUUUGGCUAACAGACUAUGUCCAUCCUCUACUUCCAUCAACCUCUGCACCUACUACAUCUUACCCUCUUCAACACUUUGUAUCCUACUCUCAUCUUCCCACUCAGUUUCAGGCUUUUCUUACUUAUUUUUCUACUGACACAGAACCAUCCUUUUAUUCUCAAGCCAUUAAGGAUGAUAGAUGGAUCAAGGCUAUGAAGCUUGAGAUUGAAGCCCUAGAAGAUAAUCAUACUUGGGAAGUAGUUGACUUAACUAAGGGGAAAGUUCCAAUAGGGUGGAAUUAUUUGAAAGAAAUUCAGAAGGCAAAAUCAGCACUGCACCAGAAUUUUAAGUUGAAAGAUUUGGGAGCCCUAAGAUAUUUCUUGGGAAUAGAAAUUGCUAGAUCAACUGAAGGUUCAAAACCAAAAGAAAAAACCAUGGAGCAAAACCUCAAACUGACAAGCACUAAGUUUGAUGAAUGUCUGAAGAUUGGUGAUAAUGACGAGCCAUUAGAGGAUAGGGGGAGUUUUCAAAGUGUGACGACUCAGCCAGUCGUCUCAUGA